UCAACCAGUCUUGGGGAGCCUGGCGCGUCGCAAAGAGUCGCGGUGGAGCUUCCCUGCGGUCCUGGCGCUCUGCGGUGCCAGGUCCUGCUGCGCUGGGAGAUGUCGGCUGCAGUUCUGGCGGAGCCCUUGGGUCCUCCUAGCAGCUUCGCUAAGCGGGUCCUGGUGACCGGGGGUGCUGGUUUCAUUGCAUCACAUGUGAUUGUCUCUUUAGUGGAAGAUUAUCCAAACUAUAUGAUCAUAAAUCUAGACAAGCUGGAUUACUGUGCAAGUUUGAAGAAUCUUGAAACUAUUUCUGACAAACAAAACUACAAAUUUAUACAGGGUGACAUAUGUGAUUCUCACUUUGUAAAACUGCUUUUCGAAACAGAGAAAAUAGAUAUAGUCCUACAUUUUGCUGCACAAACACAUGUAGAUCGUUCAUUUGUACGUGCCUUUGAGUUUACCUACGUCAAUGUUUACGGCACUCACGUUAUGGUAAGUGCUGCGCAUGAAGCCAGAGUGGAGAAAUUUAUAUACGUCAGCACAGACGAAGUCUAUGGGGGCAGCCUGGAUCAGGAAUUUGAUGAAUCUUCCCCCAAACAGCCUACAAAUCCUUAUGCAUCAUCUAAAGCAGCUGCUGAAUGUUUUGUACAGUCUUACUGGGAACGAUAUCAGUUUCCAGUUGUCAUCACAAGAAGCAGUAAUGUCUAUGGACCACAUCAGUAUCCAGAAAAGGUUAUUCCAAAAUUUAUAUCUUUACUACAACACAACAGGAAAUGCUGCAUUCAUGGAUCUGGGCUUCAGACAAGAAACUUCCUUUAUACUACUGAUGUAGUGGAAGCAUUUCUCACUGUUCUCAAAAAGGGGAAGCCAGGAGAAAUUUAUAACAUUGGAACCAAUUUUGAAAUGUCCGUUGUCCAGCUUGCCAAGGAGCUGAUACAACUGAUCAAAGAGACCAAUUCAGAUUCUGAAAUGGAAAACUGGGUUGAUUAUGUUCAUGACAGACCUACCAAUGACAUGAGGUAUCCAAUGAAGUCAGAAAAAAUACAUGGCUUAGGGUGGAGACCUAAAGUGCCUUGGAAAGAAGGAAUAAAGAAAACAAUUGAAUGGUACAGUGAGAAUUUUCACAACUGGAAAAAUGCAGAGAAGGCACUAGAACCCUUUCCAGUCUGACCUAGCACCUGUAGUCGGGACAGUUUUCAGAGAAAGAACCUUACCCUACCUCGGCUAGUGAAGCGAAAUCAAGGGACUGAAUGGCGUGUCCUCUCUUCAUUCCGAAUCAGAAUCAUGACUUCUGUAAAAUUGAAAAGCAGAAUGCCUCAAUCCUGAGAAGAGUUUUAAUACUGGCAUCGGAUUUAAGUAUUGAAAUCUUUCCAGAAGACUUUUCUUUGGAAAAUUAGGGCCAGGAGGUAGAGAAAGAUCCUCCCUGAGGCUGGGGUUGGGGAAGGAAGGUCUCUCAGCUCCGAGGCCAAGGACACAAGGUCAGUUCAAAGCUGGGCAGAUGAAGGAUUUCCUUGGGGAUCUCACUCAGCUUGCAAACUUCCCACUGCCCAGAAAGUCUCUUUGUAAAUAAUAUAGGAUGAGCCCUGUGCCUUAAUUCAUCUUUUUGUAAGGUCUGAUGUUGUUUUGUUUAUAAAAAUGGAGCAAAGUGGAAGCCUGUCUAAGCACUUUUUAACUUUUGAUAAUUUCAUUAAGUUAAUAAUUUUUUUAAAUGAUGCUGUUUUUCAUUGUCUCAAAAUCAGUCACUGAACUAUAUAUAAAAGUAACUAUGUAUCAGAGGAGUUUUAUC